AGCGAAAAGUUUUAGGUUAUAUCCAUAUUCGUAAGGGCCCUAAUAAAGUCGGUAUAUUGGGGUUAAUUCAACCAUUUAGAGAUGCUAUUAAAUUGUUUACUAAAGAGCAAACUUUUCCUUUAAUUUUAGCUGAAACUAAUCGCACUCCUUUUGAUUUUGCUGAAGGAGAAUCUGAGUUAGUGUCUGGAUUUAAUGUUGAGUAUAGGAGAGGGGGUUGUGCGAUGAUUUUUUUAGCUGAAUAUAGCAGAAUUUUAUUUAUAA